CACUACCUUAACACUUUCUUUCCCCUAUAAACCUCGGUUUUAUUUUUCUCUUCUUCAUGUGUUUCCUUGUUGUGCAAAAAGCUGCUACUCUUUCAGCUAAAACAUUUAUCUACUGAUGAUUCAGAGUCUUAUUUUAAAUGCUCUCUUAUCUCCUUCAGGUUUCCAUACUCACCAUUAUCAUUACCACAGCUGUAACAACUAACUCCACAGUCUACACACUCUUCUUUCAUUAACUCCCUGAAUUCUUUUGACCCAGUUUUGUUUUCUGAGCUUCUUGGUAAAAAAUGACUUUGAUCAAUAUUCCCACUGGUCGUAUCCAGGUUAGGAAAACGCUUUCAAUUGAUAGAAAGCCCUUGAUGCUCAAAGAUUACCUUAGAGACGAUCUGAGUUCUUGCUCUUCUAGUGGUUUCAAAUCGUUUCCACGCCGCCACUGUUGCACCACCGUUCGGUUUCUUCUCGAGACCGACUUGAAGAGAUCUAAUGGUAAUUACUCAACUUCUACUAAACGGCUUUUAAAAAGAAGUCGAUCGAAGGCAAGUUCAACUUCCACCACCAUUUCUGCUCUGCAAAGAGCUUCGGAGGCUGUACUUAACGCCGUCAAGAUACUGCCUUUUCCAUCCAUCAAGUCAUCGUCGUCGACGCAAAGCAGUAGAAGGAGGAAAGGGAAAGCCGAUUUACCCAGGAGCUUUGCAAGGAAGCUCUUCAAAAGAAGAUCCUGGAGAAAAGCUGACAAGGAAGAUAAUCAUGGCCGUGGUGAGAUCAAACGCUGGAAAUUGUUUCGUAAAUUUCUUGAAGAGAAAAACCAACAGUCUCUUGAGAUUAAUAUUAACAGUUACACCACCACCGACACCUCCUCCACUGUUGUCACUACCAGUAAGGUCUCCACGAGCAGAAGCAGUAACAGAUGGAAGAAAGUGAAUUUACAGCGAAAGUUUUACGGUCUCCGAGCAGUAACUCCGAGAGCUUGGGUGGUGACGACACUGUUUCGAGUAAAAUAAAUUUACGGGAGAAGAAAAAUGUCAGCAAUAUGGUAGGCGUAACAGGUGGUGAGGAUUCCAUCAACUGCACUAAGGAUUGGACAAACAACGAAACAAAGCAACAGUUGAGUCCGGUAUCGGUUCUAGAUUGCCUCUCGAUAGAGAAGAAGAAGAAGACGGCUCUGUUUUCGAAGAUCAGUUGGCCCGAGUGGAAGGAACCAAAGAAAGGCUCAUGCAAAAGAUCACAAGGUUUGAGAGGCUGGCUCAGCUGGAGCCACUGGAAUUGGAAAAACGGAUAGCAACGGCAGAGGCAGAGCUUGAAGAUGAAGAUGAAGAAGAUAAACCUGAAUCAAACCAUCAGAAACUAGUUGAGCUAUCGAAACCCAAAAUCCCAGAUUUGUUUGUAAGGGAGAGACUGCUGAUGGAAGAGUUUGGGGUCAACAUAUUGAAGAAUGAGAAUCCGCAAGAAUGGAAAGAAGCUUAUGUUAAAGAAAUGGAGGAGAAUGUAAAUUGGAUUAAGUUUAAUGUAGAAAAGGAAGAGGUUGGAUCAGCUCUACAACUUGAGCUUUUCACUUCGCUGCUGGAUGACUUGUUAAUUGAUCUCUUUUCCCUUUAAU